AUGGCUUUAGUUCAGUCCUCUGCUCUUUGCUUUAGUGUUAUUCCUUCAAAUUUUCGACCGUCUUCUUGUUCGAAUCGGUUGUCAAGUUCAGAUUCGAGAUCGUGUAGUUCUGUGAAAGCCUACAGCUUAACAUCAACGCCAUCAACUCCAUUUUCUUCUUCAUCUUAUGAACAUUCAGGUACUGUUGAUUUUACACUACUAAGCCGAUUGCCUUUUCAUAUUACUGAAUCUGUUAUGGAAAGUGUUGCAAGUGCUCAGGGAUCAGCUGAAACCGAUGAAUCCUCAAUUGUGGUCUGCUUUGGAGAAAUGUUGAUAGACUUCGUCCCUACAAUAAAUGGGCUGGCAUUAGCUGAAGCUCCUACCUUUAAAAAAGCACCUGGUGGUGCACCUGCAAAUGUUGUUGUAGAUAUUUCUCACCUUGGUGGUUCAUCUGCUUUCAUUGGAAAGGUAAUCCACCAUAUUUAUUUCAAUCUUCCCCAAGUUAUAAAUGAAAGUGUUUAUCUUGACUAA